AUGAAAGAGCAUGUCCACCCAGCAGAACCAGGGUCUGCGAUAGCUGUCAUGAUAAAGAAAGAGAUCAAAGCUAAAGCCAGAGAUGCUGUGUUUGGACAGUCAUCUAAGACCAUUGUUACAUCAGUGCUUCGACAACAUGCAGAUAUAGAUGCUCCAGAGCCAAGCAGACCAAACCCAUCUAGCCUUCAGCGGACGUGUAACAGGGUAACAGCUAGCUUGACACCAGAUGACCCAAAAGAUCUUGACUUUGAGCUCGAUCUAGAUUACCUAGACCAGAAGGCUCCAGGUUUCUACCAGAAAGAUGUGGUCGUGGGUAAUAACAGACAUCUGAUAUUCUACACCGAUCGCCAGCUCCAACUUUUGGCCAAGGCAAAGACGUGGUAUGUGGACGGUACCUUCCGUAUCGUCAACGCACCAUGGAUGCAGAUGUUUUCCAUCCACGCCUUUGUCCGGUCUGGUGACAGCAUGAAACAAGUGCCUCUGGUAUUUUGUUUCAUGUCUGGCAAGAGUCAAGAAGAUUACUAUCAGGUUCUCAGGGCUAUUGAUCGUCGUCUUCCAGAACACCUGAAGCUACAAGGUAUGGUGGUCGACUUUGAAGCAGGUCUGUGGCAAGCUCUCCGCCAAAGGUUUCCUGGCACACCAAUCCAAGGCUGUGCUUUCCAUUGGGCUCAAGCAGUCUUCAGGAAGAUCCAGGAAAAUGGCUUACAGUCCGCCUACAACAAGAAGGAUGCAGUAUAUACAUACUUGAGACAGGUGAUGGCCUUACCGUUCCUCCCACCAGAGCAUAUCCCAGACACCUUCCGUCAGCUAGACGAGAAAGCCGACCAUCCAGGUGUCCAGAAGGUAAUGGACUACAUCUACAAGACGUGGAUACGCAACAGUGUGUUUGACAUUGACUACUGGUGUGUUUUCAUGUCCUCCAUCCGUACCAACAAUGAUGUCGAGGGGUGGCAAAACAGUGUCAACACCAGAGUAUGCACCAGAGGACCAGUGCCUUUCUAUUCCUUAGUUACCGAACUGUUUAAGGAAGCGUCUGAUAUUCCUCUACAGCUGAAGUUAGUGUCUGAAGGCAAGCUCCAAAGGUACCAGCGCAAACAGAGUAGACAGACCCAGGGCCGUCUUUUUGCUUUGUGGGACGAGUACUGCAACAACAGCAUCUCCGCGUCUAGACUCCUUAUGGAGUGUGCCAGUGUUUACGGACCACCACCAAAGUGA